GAGAGACUCAAAAAUACUGUCACUCAUACGUAUAUAUAUACGUUUUCGUAUAUUACUAUUUAUCUUCUUUUUUUUUGUUUUAAUAAAAAAAAAACUAUCUUUUCUUUUUUAUCUUCUUCUUCUUCUUCUCCGAUCGGUGGAGUCUUGUCUCUCUUUCUUUUUUUAUAUUACUUGUUAACCUGCGCUUGCUUAUUGGAGCUCUUAACCUACGCGGAUGCUCCGAUUUUAUGACAGCUGAGCUCGAUUUGGUUGAUAAACAAAGGCUUCAAGAAUUCUACCGGAAUCAAUGGAGGUUCUGGUAGGUUCUACGUUUAGGGAUCGUAGCAGCGUCACGACGCAUGAUCAGGCCGUACCGGCGUCUCUGUCUAGCCGGAUUGGUUUGAGGAGAUGUGGUAGAUCUCCUCCGCCGGAGAGUUCGUCGUCCGUUGGAGAAACCAGCGAAAACGAGGAAGAUGAAGACGACGCCGUUUCGUCAUCACAAGGAAGAUGGCUCAAUUCGUUUAGUUCAUCUUUGGAAGAUUCUCUUCCGAUUAAGAGAGGAUUAUCAAACCAUUACAUAGGGAAAUCGAAAUCGUUUGGGAAUUUAAUGGAAGCGAGUAACACAAACGAUUUGGUGAAAGUGGAGAGUCCAUUGAACAAGAGAAGAAGAUUGCUUAUUGCUAAUAAGCUAAGAAGAAGAUCGUCCUUGUCUUCUUUCAGCAUCUACACUAAAAUUAACCCUAAUUCUAUGCCGUUGCUUGCAUUGCAAGAAUCUGACAACGAGGAUCAUAAACUCAAUGAUGAUGAUGAUGAUGAUGAUAGUAGCAGUGAUGAUGAAACUAGUAAGCUGAAAGAGAAGAGGAUGAAGAUGACGAACCAUAGAGAUUUUAUGGUUCCUCAGACUAAGAGCUGUUUUAGCUUAACUAGUUUUCAAGAUGAUGAUGAUCGAUGAUCGAUGAUCAUUCUUCUUCUUUUGUCCAAGAGUAGAUAAAGUUUCGUUGACAAAUAAGUUGGAGGAAGAUUUGACAGAAACCAAUUUACGUGUAAUUGUAAUAAAUUAAUUUGACUGUUUGUAUAUUUUGAAUUUUCUCAACGAAGUAGACUUUUUAUUUUUUUUGUCACACUUCUUGUCAACCUUAACAUUUGUUAGUAAGCCCAUGAGAUUGGUUCUAUAAAUUUUAAUGUCCGCAUGAGAACAAAGUCG